AUGUCAAAAAGUGAAUUAAAUAAUACCGAUAGAAAUAUUUUAAAUGAAUUUCCACUAACAUAUCAACAUGCUUGUAUGACAUUUACUAUGAAUGAUCGUUUGAGAUUCUUUCGAUUUCCAUUAACAAUUAUUAAUAUUAUUCGAAAAGUUAUUAAUACAACAUGGUUAAAUGGCUUACAGAAUGAAAAACAAGAUGCAGAUUUUUAUGAAUUUAAAUUUCAUGGAAAUCCUUGGUCGAGUAGAGAAAGUGGAAAUAUGUCAUCACGAAUCAUGAUAUUACAUAUUCUUUCAGUUUUGCAUAGUCAUGGUUGGUCUCUUGUAACAUCAAAUGAUUUUUCUCGAUUAACUGAAGAUCGUAAUUCAUUAAUUUUUCAAUUAGGUAUACGUCCAUUAGCAACAUCAUUUUUUGCUAUUACACGUUAUGAUCUUGAUAAAUUACGUUUAAUAUGUAUUUCAUCUGAUAUUAUUCAAGCAGUCAAACGUAUAUUUGGUGAAAAUAAUAUUCAAAGAGAAGAAUGGCUUGAUGAUGGACGAACUUGUUGUCAAUUGAAAAUGUAUGAAAUAUUUUUCUUGUUUUUUAAUCUUUAA